UGUCAAAAUUCGCCAACAACGACGUUCCGACGGACGGGCACCCGAUUCAGUCUGUUUUCGACUUUUUCAACCAAAACAACACGCUGCUGCGGUGCAGCUCCGUUCGUCUGACAGUAGAAUCAUCUAAUUUCGUGUCGUGUGUUAUCGUCGUGCUGAUUUAGGGCGGCUUUAGUGCUAAGCGACAUCUUCCGCCUACUGGGAUGCAGUUUGCGGGUGUGUUGCGUGAAAUUUGCAGUAAUUUUACGCGUGAAGCCAACUUACACGCCAGUGCAUGCAAACAAAGAAGAUUCAAGGAUAAUUGAAUUAGUUUUGCGUAAGUUUUUUUUUCGUUUUUUCCGGUUUUCGCAAAAAGCAAGGGGGUGUAAUCGUUAAAAAAUCGAAAGUGACCAGGUCGUGGGGUCAGCCGCGAGUGGGGCUAGUUGUUGGUCGCGUGAACAGAAAGUAUUAGUGAAGUGGCCCCCCCAGUUUAAGGGUGCGCUUCGGAAUCGUGUGUUGUUGUCAGCUUGGCAGUGAAGGGAUUGUGAAGCUCAGCUGAGUGCGGUGGAGAUUCCAUUUGAAAACAACAAUAUUAUGUAAAUUUAUUCAUCCCAUAUUGUGAGGAUAGAGAGAGAAUUGGAUCACGCCAUAGAGAAAUCCGCCGUAGAGACCAGGUACCGUCCAGCUACCUGAGAGGAAUAUGCAUCAUCCGGAGGCCGCACUAUGAUAUCGGCUGGAGCAAGACGUUCCGGACAGAAAAUGUCCAAACAGCAGGGCAAAUAUGAACUGCUCAAGGAGGAUACUAGUUUAAGGAAGAAACACACCUACAUUCAAGGAUGCCUUCUGGUGGCCUUAUGUGCCAUGUCCAGCGUGGCCGUGUACGCGACCUGGACGAUGAUCUACCGGCAGAACCUAAUCAUUCCACCGACGCUCAUCGACAUUCCCUCCCUCUGGCCAGAACGGCAGCGCCACUACACGGAAGCGUUCCAGUUGGCCCUUGCCGCCGCUGAGGUCGACGAUGAUGGUGUCGCGGAGGACGGGUUGUUCACCAAUGGGACUGAACCCGACUUUGAUGUUGCCCCGCCAAUUAAAGAGAUGGAAAACGAGCGGAUAAUGCCGUCCAAAUUUGGCAAUUUUAUUGCGGCGUCUCAGGAAACGACGUCUCGAAAGGUCAACGGAGACAAUGGGGGUCACAAGAUCGUCUGCUACUACACGACACCGGCGAUGAGCGGUUCCGGACGGCGACGGCGAUCCGUUCGGAGUAAUCUCUACCCGGACCACAUCGAUCCGUAUCUGUGUACGCAUCUGAACGUCGGAAUCGCCGAGAUUGUCAACGGGACGGUCUACAUUAACGACGACCUGCGAGUGGUGUUCAACCACACCCGGCAGCUGAAGAAGGCCAACCGGGAGCUGAAGGUGCUCGUUUGGGUGGGUGGAGCCGGCGUCGGAGGUUUUUCCGAGAUGGUCGUGAACCACGCCAGUCGAAAGUUGUUCAUCCAAUCGCUCAAAGCGACCCUGGAGCAGUACCAGCUGGACGGAGUCGACCUGGAUUGGGAGUUUCCCGGAAGUGGGAGCAAAAACAGGAUGCACUUUUCGCAGCUGUUGCAUGAAAUAAGGCGCGAGUACCAACGGGAACACCGGACUUACAUUCUGAGUGUGGCGGUGGCGGCACCGGCGACGAUCGCGUACCUCUCGUACGAUGCGAGGGAGAUUAACAGCUACGCGGAUUACGUUAACAUUAUGACCUACGAUUAUCACUUUUACGCGAAGGAGAUGCCGCAGACAGGUUUCAACGCGCCCCUCUACCGACGCCACGACGAGCACGCCAUCUUCGGCACCCUCAACAUCAACGCGUCCGUUCACUACUGGCUGUCGCAGGGCCUGGCCAAAAACAAACUCGUCAUCGGUCUACCCACCUACGGGCACACCUUCCAGCUGGUGUCCCCGUUCAACACCCGGAUUGGUGCUCCCGCCUCCAGCUAUGGCCGCGUCGGGAUGAUCGGGUUCGCGUCCUACUCGGAGAUUUGCUGGUUCCGGCGGCACAACAUCUACGUGCACCAGGUGUACGACGUGGAGGCGUGUUCGCCGUAUCUGUACGCCGGGACGGAGUGGAUUUCGUACGAGGACGAGCGCAGCCUGGAGUGCAAGGCGAACUACAUCAAGGAGAACGGGUUCGGCGGGGCGAUGAUCUUUUCGCUCAACACGGACGACUUUGGCGAGUACUGUGCGGACAAUCUGCUGCUGGAGGAGGAGGAGGAGGGGGAUGGACAGAGGAAAAGUCAACAAGGGCAGAACAACUUCCCGCUGUUGAGGAAGAUUCAUUCCGUGCUGGCGCCGAACCAGCAGCAGGAGCAGAAUUAAGACUAACGAUUUAGUCAACACUCUGAAGAGGCAAUGUAAGUAAAGGUAUGAGUAGUUGUGGUCACACGGAAGUUUCUUCUGAGUUGUAAAUAUUUUGAUAUCGAGCAAUUCCAGCU